AUGAAUCUCACCGCAGUCAAAGACGCCGAUGAAGUCAUGGAGAGGCACGUCGAGGACUCGCUCGCGAUCCUCCCUCCUCUUAGGGAUUGCUACCGCACGCGCUGCGGCGGCGCGCCGUCACAUGAGAAGCUUAGCCUCGUGGACGUUGGAACAGGUGCUGGUCUUCCCGGAGUUGUUUUGGCCAUAGCUUGUCCAGAAUGGGAAGUUACGCUGAUGGAGUCCAUGAACAAGAGAUGCGUAUUCUUGGAGCAUGUUGUUGGAAUCAUCGGUUCAUCAAAUAUCCAGAUAGUAAGAGGAAGAGCAGAGAGUUUGGGGCAGAAUCAUUGCUUCAGAGAGAAAUUCGACAUAGCAGUGGCUAGGGCAGUUGCAGAAAUGAGAGUGUUAGCUGAGUAUUGUCUUCCACUGGUUCGUGUUGGUGGAUUGUUUAUUGCUGCCAAGGGUCAUGACCCUGAGGAUGAAGUUAAGAAAGCUGAAAGUGCCAUCCAGAAGAUGGGUGCUUCUCUAUUGCAAGUGUGCUCAGUUGAUUCUCGAAGUCCAUAUGGUCAACGGACUGUUGUCAUAUGCUCAAAGGAUCGUUCCACUCCGAUGAAAUAUCCCCGUGAUCCAGGUACACCUGCUAAAGAACCAUUGUAAUUGAUGUGGUUGUUCAAUCUUCAUUUCUUUUCUUCCUUUUUUCUUUAAUUAAUUUCGCCUGCCUGGCUGCCCAAUAGAACAUGGAAUUCUACCUUGGCUGAGAAUGACACAUUCUUUUGCUACCAUAGAAGAGAUUCUUUUAUAUAUACAUUUCAGCAAUCAAAUUUGAUUCAGCGAGUGGUCAGGUUUUCACCCCACUAGUUUCUUUUUUUUUCUUUCCUAAAUAUGUUGCUGUUUUGACCGCUUUUUAUGUAUAAUUUAUGUAAAAAAAGUUUGCCAGCCAAUUUCUUUUCCCACCAACAUUCAGUUAAU